AUGCCAGUAGACUAUAUACCCCCAGUUGAUAAGACUGCCACUCAACACGAUGGUACAGAAAGUUUGGCCAUCAAUAAUACCAUCUUUCGUCGUGUUUGCACUCUCCUUGCGUUGAACACCACAGGCAGAUUCUAUCCCUACAACGGUGGCUGCAAACCGAUAUCAAAGCAUGUAAUCGUUAAGUCGGGAUACUGGGCUCAUCUGACAGAAGCUGCUACUAUGAAAUACAUCGCGGAACACACUUCGAUUCCUGUUCCCAAAAUCUACUGUUCGUUUGUCUACAACAAGCGAGCCUACAUGGUUAUGGAACGAAUACAGGGUGAUACUGUAGCCGCAAUUUGGUUUCAGUUGUCGGAAGAGUCUCGAAGUAGAAUUCUUGAGGAUCUAAAGCGUAUUAUCUUGGAAUUGCGGAGAAUCAAACCUGCACCAGGAACAGGAGUGCAGAGUUGUGUCGGUGGCUCGCUACGCGAUUGUCGCAUGCCUCGGUCUUGCCCGCGUUUUGGCCCAUUUAAGACUAUCAAAGAGUUCCAUCUAUGGCUUAGAGAGUACCUGCUACCUUCAGAAAUACUUGACAAACCAGACAAUACACGGUCGAGCGAUGUCAGCAUGAUGGUGGCUCACCAGGAUCGCGAAUACCCACACCCUAUCUUUACACAUGGUGAUUUGCAUCCACAGAACAUUCUCGUCCGCGACGAUAAGAUUGUUGGGAUUAUUGACUGGGAAUUCUCGGGAUGGUAUCCCAAUUAUUGGGAAUACACAUCUGCAUGGAUGGGGAAUCGAAUACGGGAGGGGUGGCAAGAAGUGCUUCCGCGGUUCCUGGAGACUUUUCCUGAAGAACUUGAGAUGGAAAGAAUUCGUCACCAGUGGUGGGGGGAAUACUGA